AUGACAUGGGGAAGAUCUCCUGCAUCUUCCUGUUGUACUGCUCCUGGUAGACCAGGCCCUGCUGGUGCUCCUGGUAGACCAGGCCCUGCUGGUGCUCCUGGUAGACCAGGCCCUGCUGGUGCUCCUGGUAGACCAGGCCCUGCUGGUGCUCCUGGUAGACCAGGCCCUGCUGGUGCUCCUGGUAGACCAGGCCCUGCUGGUGCUCCUGGUAGACCAGGCCCUGCCAGUGCUCCUGGUAGACCAGGCCCUGCUGGUGCUCCUGGUAGACCAGGCCCUGCUGGUGCUCCUGGUAGACCAGGCCCUGCUGGUGCUCCUGGUAGACCAGGCCCUGCCGGUGCUCCUGGUAGACCAGGCCCUGCUGGUGCUCCUGAUAGACAAGGCCCUACUGGUGCUCCUGGUAGACCAGGCCCUGCCGGUGCUCCUGGUAGACCAGGCCCUGCUGGUGCUCCUGGUAGACCAGGCCCUGCUGGUGCUCCUGGUAGACCAGGCCCUGCUGGUGCUCCUGGUAGACCAGGCCCUGCUGGUGCUCCUGGUAGACCAGGCCCUGCUGGUGCUCCUGGUAGACCAGGCCCUGCCAGUGCUCCUGGUAGACCAGGCCCUGCUGGUGCUCCUGGUAGACCAGGCCCUGCUGGUGCUCCUGGUAGACCAGGCCCUGCUGGUGCUCCUGGUAGACCAGGCCCUGCCGGUGCUCCUGGUAGACCAGGCCCUGCUGGUGCUCCUGAUAGACAAGGCCCUACUGGUGCUCCUGGUAGACCAGGCCCUGCCGGUGCUCCUGGUAGACCAGGCCCUGCCGGUGCUCCUGGUAGACCAGGCCAUGCUGGCGCUCCUGCUCUGUCUGAACCCUUCCCUCAUCACUCAACUGCUGCUGGGCCAGCAGGUCUGCUUGGAACCCCUGACAGCCCUGUCUCAGACCGGGAAAGGAAAGCAGAGAUAUGUAUUGAUUGGGAAGACUUUUGCUGUGUAUAAAAGAGGGUUGGAUAUAUAGAGGGAAUAAAAUGUAUGUGUAUUGCUGUGAGAGGACAACUGUCAGAAUAUUUUUCUCUUCCUCAUCUAGCAGUUUGUUCAGCUCUACUCU